AUGCCAUCAGGCGAAGGUGUUUCUCCCAACAUGCUCGGAGAAGUUCACCGUGGAGCUGUUGGGGAUAAGCACGAGCCGGGUUCGCGCUAUUGCGAAUUCUUACACGGGCCAUUGUUCGGUAAAAUAUAUGUAGCAUUAGCUGAUCCUGAUUAUGAUAACAACAAUUUUCAAAUCAUAGUUAAUGAAGCUGCUCCUUGUUGUGAUGGUGCCGGUGGUGGAACAGGAAGUCAAAGUGGAUUAAAAGGUGAUCCUGGUAUGCCAGGUCCACCUGGUCCGGUAGGCCCACCAGGUGCUCCCGGUGUACCAGGCCCACCAGGUUCAAUGGGACCGAAAGGUGAUAAAGGUUCACCAGCAUCUUAUCCAUAUUAUGGUAUUGGAAAAUAA